AUGGCUCGCCGCAAACACGAAAACUCCCACUUUGGCUGUGCCACCUGCAAGAAGCGCAAGGUCAAAUGCGACGAAACCUACCCCCAGUGCUUGUGCUGUGUCCGCUACAAGCAGCAGUGUCCGUUCAGCCAGCUUUCGCCCGAGGAAAUCGCCGAGCGGAUGGAGCAGAAGCGGUUGAAUCAGAUUAAAAAGAACAAUCGCAAAAACCGUCGCCCCCGCAAACUGCGCGCCGCCGUCGCCGCCCAGGCGCCGCCGACACCGGAGGUGAGUCGCCACCCCAGCUACGAUGUCGCCGCCGACCCCAGCGGGUGGCUGCUGCCGCCGGUGCCGGCGCUGUUGGCGCUGCUGCUGCUGCUGCUGCUGCUGAUCCUGACGUGGCCCACCUGCCUGCCGUUGUUGCUGUCGGAAGCGGACACCAUCCUGCCGGUGCCCGCCAGCCUGCCGCUGACGGCGCCGCUCCCGACGCCGGAAGUGUCGGAGUUGUCGGAACCGUUUGCCGACACCCCCAUGAUGAUGAUGCCAGCCGUGUACCCGCCACAAUACCCCACGCAACUGUACCCUACAACCCAGUUGUACCCGGCGGAAUGGGCCGACGCCGCCGCCGCGUUGACGAUACCCGACCCGGAGUCGCCGCCGGUGCCGGCACCGGCGGCGCCGAUGGCGCCGAUGAUGGCGCCGGACCACUCCCAUGCGACGUGGCCGUCGGCGCUCGAGGCGUGGUUGUUCGACGACCUCGACAUGCCCGCCUACCCCGCCACCCCGCCGGCGGUGCCGGCAGCGCCGAUGGCGCCCCACGCCCAGGCGUUGGCGGACUUUGGCAUUUCGGUCGCGGCGCCCGUCGCCACCCCCAGCUGGUGA